AUGAGCUUGAUAUGGGACGUCCGAACUGUUCUUGCCUCUGAGGCACUUUCGUCAGUCAACCAAUCCGAUCCCGAAUCAGCGACGACAACCAGAACAACACCCGAGCUCGAGCCGAUCGAUGUGUGGAACUACCUGGUCAGUCUAAGUGAAGAUGACACAAUCAAAAACUCAGAAUCGCCGGACGACCACGUCAAACUCACACACUUCAAAGAUGCCGACUUUGAUCACAGUUGGGAUGCGGCCCCGGUUCAUCUCGGCGACGGCGCCUCUUAUUCUGUUGAUAAAGUCACUCUAAGCAUCAGAAGAGAUGACGGAAAUCCUAUCAUUGUUGCGGUUAAAAAGAUCAACUUGUUCGGCAACUUCGAGUCCCGAAGUGAUUGGAGUGCCGCUACGAGACAUCGCUCUGUCGCGACGGUUUUGAAGGAGCUCCGCAUUCUCUCGAUUCCAUCCAUCGAGGAGCAUUUAAAUAUUGUCUCUUUAUUGGGAUUUAGAUCUGAGCAUACGUCGACAUCCGCUCAGAACAGCACCAACGUCUCCUUGGUCAUGGAAUAUGGCUCACACGGAACUCUCAGGGACUUUUGCAAAAGCCACUCAGACGAUGAAACCUUCGAUCUAGUAGCUAAGGCUCGAUUCAUGCAUGACAUUGCCAGCGGGCUGGCUAAGCUGCACAGUUGCGGCAUUGCCCAUGGAGAUAUCAAGUUGGAGAACACCCUUGUCUUUGACGGGAACAAAGGGCACUUGAUAGCAAAGCUUUCUGACUUUGGGCAUUCGAUUCUCGAUCUCUACGAUUCUGAAGAACCGCAGGGAGUUUAUCUUGGGACACCGCUUAUGAAUGCUCCUGAGGACUUCUUCAAGUGCGACAUCUUCUCGUUCGGCUUGUUGAUAUGGGAGCUUCUGCUAGAUGGAAAACAUUACUUCACUACACUGCAAGGCGCUGAGGAUGCAGAUGAAAGCACCGACGUGAUGGCAUAUCUAUGCGACCUCCCAAAAGACGAACUUCUUCUCCAGAGUCUGAAAUACUUGCAAGGGUUGCCCGAGAAGAAUGAGGCUCCUCUGAUUCGAUUGGUCAUCCGCACUUUGCAGGCUUCGCUGAGGGAUGAUCCCGAGAGAAGACGCGGUAUCGAGGUCAUUCUGGCCGGGUUUAGACAGCACAAAGACUUGACUAGGGAUGAUUGGAUCUUUAGGAGGGAAGGCACGAGCUCGUCCACACUCAGUUCACCACCAGAUCAGGCCCCUGGUUCGAGUUCAGGAAAGGCUUUGACGACCAGAUCGGCUAUUCCCCGAAUGCCACGUAUCAUUCAAAUCGACUUUGUGGACCAAAUCUUCCGCAUCUCAAGGGAUGCUUCAUCGCUGACCGAAAAGCGGACUGCUCUCUUCGAACUAGCUAUGUGCUAUGUUCACGGGGUUGGUAUGGAGAGACCGGACUUGAGAAAGGCACUUGAUCUGCUUACGGAGUCUGCGCAGCUUGAGAGUGCAAAAGCUCUUGGGCUUAUCUUUCGCCUUUACGACGUCCUCGGAGUCGAUCCCCCACCUCACUUGUGGCAAAUACCCCAUCAGCUCGUUAGAGUCGAAAAGGAGUUAUUAGGCAUCAAAGGCGAUGACAACUUUGUCAGGCGUCUUCGUUUACACGAGAGAUGCAAGCAGCGGGAUACCUUGAAUCGUUCUUUCGACAUCCUACACGAGGGCAACCCUAUAAUCGAAGGCAUAUCCUUGGAUCGUGUUGAAGAGAGUCUGAAACGUUUGAGUUUGAGCGACAUCAGACUCGAAGAUUUGGAGUGUAUCUCCCAGAUAGAGGAGCAUGACAGCGUACCAACACGAGAGAGCCUCCUCAGUGUUGCUGUGCGCCAGGGUAUCAAGCCUCUGGUCGACUUUCUGUUACCUUCAGAGGCCUCUGGAUCAAUCAAAUCUAGGAUGAUUAGGACGGACAGUCUACUUACGAUUGCCUGUCAGGGAGGUCAUCUCAACGUUCUCGAGCUCCUCCUUUCGAAGAAUGUGCCAACGCGCCUCACCGAGGGCCAUCCCGAAACACCCUUCCACUGGCUGAGCAUGUUUGAGCCUGGACAGGUCGAGUCUGCCCUGAACUUGCUUUUGAGCAACAACAAUCUCAAAGAAAAUCUCAGACCCUGGAAUUGA